AAGCAGCGGCGGUGGUGGUGGUGGUGGUGGUGGUGGUGGUGGCGGCGGCGGCUGCUGUCAGAGCUGGAGCGCGGCCGGCUGAGCAGUCAUGGAGGGUCAGCGCUGGCUGCCGCUGGAGGCCAACCCUGAGGUCACCAACCAGUUUCUCAAGCAACUAGGCCUGCAUCCUAACUGGCAGUUUGUGGACGUGUACGGGAUGGAGCCUGAACUUCUCAGCAUGGUUCCGAGACCAGUGUGCGCCGUGUUACUCCUCUUCCCUAUCACAGAGAAGUAUGAAGUCUUCAGAACAGAAGAGGAAGAGAAAAUAAAAUCCCAAGGACAAGAUGUUACGUCAUCAGUGUAUUUUAUGAAACAAACCAUCAGCAACGCCUGUGGAACCAUUGGACUAAUCCACGCCAUCGCGAACAACAAAGACAAGAUGCACUUUGAAUCAGGGUCAGCAUUGAAAAAGUUCCUGGAGGAGUCUGUAGCAAUGAGCCCUGAAGAAAGAGCCAGACACCUGGAGAACUAUGACGCUAUUCGAGUUACUCAUGAAACCAGUGCACAUGAAGGUCAGACUGAGGCACCAAGUAUAGAUGAAAAAGUAGAUCUUCAUUUUAUUGCGUUAGUUCAUGUAGAUGGGCAUCUCUAUGAAUUAGAUGGACGGAAACCAUUUCCAAUUAACCAUGGGAAAACUAGUGAUGAGACAUUGUUAGAGGAUGCCAUAGAAGUCUGCAAGAAGUUCAUGGAACGUGACCCUGAUGAGUUAAGAUUUAAUGCAAUUGCUCUCUCAGCAGCAUAGCAUCUUGACAGAAACACCAAAUACUGUAUUAUUUGCAACAAAAGUUAAAUUUCUGAUGCCAUAACUAACUCAAAAUUUUUAAUAUUUUCAUUAACUUGACUAAUUAAACUUUAUGUGAAUAAACUUUGACUUUACCUGUA